AUAUUGUUUACCAUUUUUACCCUAAUUUGGUCAUUCCGUUAAAAAUCUCUCCACGUGUACUGUUAAUUCACGGUAAGAUGAUGACAUGUCAAAAUUUUAACCCACGUGAAAGACAACAUGGCAAAAACUAGUGGCAUGGCAAUAAAAAUUUUAAAAGUUCUUUCUCCUUCCUCUUCCUUUCCUGAACCCAAGUGAUGGGUUCCUUUGAACCCAGCUGGGCGUUCCUCGUUCCCUUUCUCUUUCCUCUUCCUUUCCUUCUUCAUCAAUCAAUUCUUCAUCAUCAUCAUCAAACAACAUCCACAAAAACACAGAAAUUAUUUAUUUAUUUUUUUGUUGAAGAACCCUAGAGCUUGGGAUCGUCAAAUCUAGGCAAUCUAGGUUCGAUUGAACCUAGGCGGUGGGGUUUGAAGGAAUUCAGCUGGAUUCCAAGGAACCCAAACCUGGGUUCGACAAACCCAAGCGAUGGGUUCCUUCGAAUCCAACUGGACGUUCCUUGUUCCCUUUCUCCUUCCUUUUCCUUUCCUUCUCCAAUGCCUGGGUUCGAUCGAACCCAGCACCGAGUUUGAAGGAACCCAGAGCUUGGGAUCGUCGAACCCAGGCAGUGGGUUCGAAGGAACCCAGGCAGUGGGUUCGAAGGAACCCAGCUGGAUUCCAACAAACCCAAGCCUGGGUUCGAAGACCCAGCUAGAUUCCAAGGAACCCAGCUUCCACCGCUGGAUUCUAAGGAACCCAACAGCAGUUGCUGGGUUCGAUGGGUUCUAAGGGGGGAAGGGUAAAGAGAAAGGAAAAGAGAAGGGGAAAGAGAAGGAAAAAGAAAAAAAGAAAGAAUUUUUUUAAGUUUUAUUUUUCAUAUUAUUAUUAUUAUUGCCACAUAUAUAAUAUUUUGCCACAUCAUCUAAUAACAGUGAAUUAACAUCACAUGUAAUAGAUUUUUAACGGAAGGACUAAAUUGGGGUAAAAAUGGUAAACAGUAAGGAUCAAAUCAGGGAUUUUUUUAGUUCAGGAACCAAAUCGGGGGUCCAUACAAAAGUUGAGGAACCAAAAUGGGGUUUUAAUCAAGAAUAAAACCUUAGGAGAAAUAUGUGACAAAGCAAAAUU